GUCAGUCAUCCGUGCUCCGUCGUAGGGAUGAGAUCGCGUCGUCCGACGCCGGUGCUGGUUCGUUCGGUAUCCGUGCGACGACGACGACGACGGUGACACGGAUAUUCCAUCAUAUCGUCGACGCAUUCACGUUUUUCGCCACGUAGUAAAUUCGGUACGAACGCCCGACUACUCUCCGUUAUUAUUUCGCGUGUGUCACAUUCUUCCUCUCCCUCUCCCUUUCUCUAUUUCUCUCUUCCUUCCUAUCUUUCUAUCUUUCCUUCUCUCUCUUCCCUCUCUCUCUCUUCCUCUCUUUUAUUCAAUCUCUUUCUGCUUGUCUCUUUCCGUCUUCCGUGCCAACCUUCGAAGAAAAUCUACCGAAGAAGCGAAGAAUAUUCGAGUCUUCCACGAAGAACGAAGAGGCCUUCUUCUUUCAGCAUCCGGUUGUUCCUUUCGUCUUUCUUCUGCUGCGACCUUGACGAGGACCUUUUUAGAUUACUCGGAUCUCGAUCGAUGCGGAAGGUGACAUUGAGGUAUCGGCGUUGGUAGGUCGACAAAGUGAUCGCCCAGUGGAACGAAGAGGAAAAAAAAAGAGAAGAAGGGUAUAACCGCGGACAAAGUACCAAAUAGAAGAAAAAGGAAAAAAAAACGAGAGGGAAAGGAAUCUCUCAUAAUCAUGACUGGCUUCGGAAAGGACAGAUCCGUAACGUGAUCGUAGGUCGAUCUAUCGAUCAAAGAAAGACAAUCGAGGUCGGCGUGACGUUCGCUAUGAGGUCGGAAGUGGUACGAUAACGAUUCGAGGAGAUAAAUCGAUCUUCUCUCGCGAAAGAUACGCGCAAAUAUACAAACACAGAGAAAUAGACGACACAUACGUACAUAUAUACAUAUAUAUAUAUAUAUAUAUAUAUAUAUAUAUAUACACACUCACGCGUCUUACACUUGGAAAGUUGAAAGAAAAAGAAAAAAAGAAGAAGAAGGAGAAGAAGAAGAGGGCGACUAGAUAUCAACGUUCUCUCGCGUUAUCCGAGCAAACGAGCGAUUGAAUACGUGCGAGCGAGCGUGCGUGCGUGCGUGCGCGCGCGCGCGUGUGUAUAGUCGCGCCGUUUCGCGCGCAAAGUUAACGGCGACCGAAGUCAAAGGCGGCCGACACUGUGGAGGGUACUUAACGAGCGAGGCGAGCCGCUGACGGCUCAGUCGUCGUCGGCGGACGGUUCGCGUAGGAGCAGGUGUCUCUUUUUUUUCCCUUAAUUCUUCAUCAUCUUAUUCCUCCUCUUCUACUUCUCACCUCGUUUGUUGCUCUCGCAGCUUCCUAAUCUCCGUCGGUUCUUCCCGCACUCGAGCGGGAUUUUCCCUCUUGCCAAUCUUCUUUCUCCUCGUUACUCAUCUACCUUCCCUUCUUCCUUCCUAUCCUCAUUGACAUUCCAUAUGCAUCGCGAUCGACACUGAGAAGACGAAACGACGUUGUUUUUCGACGUGAUUUUUUCGUUGUGGCGACGGUGCUCGGCCUUCGCGUUGUCGGUGGCAGUGGUGGGUGGUGGUGGUGUUGGUGGAGGAGGAUAGCGGUGGAUAAUAGUGAUAAGGUGAAGUUGAAGUCAUUGGCGUUGUCGUCGUCGUCGUCGUCGUCGUCGUCGUCGGUUACCGCGCUGGUCGUGGAGCUGAUCUUGCUGCCGUUGCCGUUGCAGAAGUGUUUUGUGGUGCUAGUGUUAUCGGUAGUGACGGCGACGAGCUAUCAUGUGUACUCGAAGGAUUUUCGGACUGGCGUGUUUGGCUCUCCUGAUGACUCUUCGAGACAGAGUCGGAGCUUACACCAAUCAAUGGGCUGCUCACAUCGAAGGAGGACCGGAAGUAGCUAAGAAAGUUGCCGAGGAUCAUGGCUUUCGAUAUCUCGCUGAGAUAUUCGAUGGUUGGUAUCAUCUCGAGCAUCGAUCCGUAAUGAAGAGAUCGAUCGAUCCGCACAUGGAAGUACAUUCCAGACUGAUAAGAGAUUCUAGAGUUCGUCGAGCAGAACAACAACGAGCAAAGUCGCGAAGUAAACGGGAUUUAAUAAUCAAACGCGGUCCGUCCAAUGCGAAAGCUAUUUUAAACGACGAAAGAUGGCCUCAAAUGUGGUACCUGAACAGGGGAAACGGUUUGGACAUGAACGUGCAGAAUGCUUGGGCCGAAGGAAUCACCGGAAGCGGCGUCGUAGUCACGAUUCUCGACGAUGGCUUGGAAAAGGAUCAUCCUGACCUCUACAAGAAUUACGAUCCUCAAGCAAGUUAUGACGUUAAUAGUCACGACGAAGAUCCUAUGCCAAGGUAUGAUCUUGUGGACAGCAAUCGACACGGUACCAGGUGUGCCGGAGAAGUUGCAGCGACUGCCAACAAUACUGUCUGCGCAGUUGGUGUUGCCUUUGGAGCAGGUGUUGGUGGCGUUCGAAUGUUAGACGGAGAUGUAACAGAUGCAGUUGAAGCCAGAUCACUCAGCUUGAAUCCACAGCAUAUCGAUAUUUACAGUGCUUCGUGGGGCCCUGAUGACGAUGGCAAGACAGUCGAUGGCCCUGGCGAAUUGGCAACAAGAGCCUUCAUCGAGGGAAUUACCAAGGGACGUAACGGGAAGGGUUCGAUCUUCGUGUGGGCUUCUGGUAAUGGUGGCAGAGACCACGAUAACUGUAAUUGCGACGGCUAUACCAACAGCAUAUGGACUUUGUCCAUCAGCAGUGCAACUGAGAACGGGUUGGUGCCUUGGUACAGCGAAGCUUGCUCUUCUACCCUGGCAACGACCUAUAGUUCUGGUUCAACUGGUGAGAAACAAGUAGUCACCACUGAUCUUCAUCAUCAAUGUACAAGCAGUCAUACUGGAACUUCGGCAUCGGCACCUUUAGCAGCUGGGAUAUGUGCACUUGCGUUAGAAGCAAAUAGGGAUCUAACGUGGAGAGAUAUGCAGCAUAUCGUUGUUAGAACGGCCAAACCAGCCAAUCUAAAAGCACCCGAUUGGGUUACCAAUGGAGUCGGUAGAAACGUGAGUCACAGUUUCGGCUAUGGAUUGAUGGAUGCCACCGCAAUGGUGCGUCUGGCUAGAAGAUGGAGGACAGUUCCUGAACAACACAAAUGUGAAGUAUCCGCGCCACAUUCGGGCAGAGCAAUACCACCAAAGAGUCAAUUGGUUCUCGACUUGCAUGUGAAGGAAUGUAGCGGAGUUAAUUUUCUGGAACACGUACAGGCGAAGGUGUCGUUGAUGGCUUCGAGAAGGGGGGAUCUUCAGAUACAACUAACCUCUCCUCAGGGCACGAAGAGCACUCUCCUAGCGAAAAGGCCGCACGACGUCUCCAAGGCUGGUUUCAAUCAAUGGCCAUUUAUGUCUGUUCACACGUGGGGCGAAAGGCCGCACGGUACGUGGAAACUCGAAAUUCACAACGAGGGUCGAUAUUUCGGCCGUGCAACGCUUCACGAGUGGGCGUUAAUCUUCUAUGGAACAUCGACGUUACCUGAUCGGACGGAAUAUGCCCUCUACAAUCCUGCCAGUAUGAAUAUGCCACGAAGACCGUUCGUUAAACCGCGCGAAACGACGUUGACUAAGACUCAGAAUGCCUUGACGGCUUCUUCUAAGGGCAAACAGUCGCAGCACAAGGCCGAAAAGACAGGUAGCCUGAGUCCGCCGUACGUGGUCAAUGCUCAACUUCAAUCACAAAGGAAGAACAAGGUUCGGGGACAGCACAAGAACGGGAAAUCCGCAAAUCGACCAACUCCUAGACCAACGGCACAAACUUUGAGGGGAUUGACAUCUAUCAAAGGUCCCGUGGUAGCGGGAGAAGUUCGAUUGAUUACCUCCAGACCAAGGGGAAGAAGUACACCCAGUCCCGUCACUACGACGACUAUUCGAACCAGUCCAUCUACCAAAAUAAAAACGACAACGGUCUUGACCAUUAGACAAAAAGUCAUUGAACCGGUCACGAUCUCAUCGCCGCUUCAAAGAGGUUUGAUCCUGAUGGAGCCAGCUGCGAAAGCAGCCACCAAUAAGGUCCCAGCGAUCUUUCAACAAUAUCCCAAAAUCCAGCAACUCUAUCCUCUUUAUCCUGUUUAUGCUGGCGCUCGUGGAGCUGGACCACAACACGCAACCAGAGCUAAGGGCCUAGACUUAUUACAAGACGAACAAUUCGAUCCUAGGAAUCUACAAUUGGAUAAGGAUACCCUUGAGGAGUGGAAGCUGGUAUUUUACGGUACCGAGACGUCCUUGGAAUUCAACGAGGAUUUAGACAAGGACAAACCAGGUUUGACGAAUGUCCAGCCGGUGGAGAUCCAAGACAAUACGGCUACUGAUGCAAGGCAGAACGUAGUAGACACAGAAGGUGAUCCUUGGACUGGUAGCCAACAAGUAGAACGAGUCUCUCAUCCUGAGGUACAAAGGCCAACAACGGAGAACCAGACAAAUGGAUGCGCCAAUCUCGAUGCCAGAAAUGGCAGGUGCCUAGGUGGGUGCCUCAUACUACUCCUUCUAGCCUACCUGCUCGUUGAGCCAACCUGCGGAUCCUCGAUCGUCGAUCGCUCUCCCAAAGCCGUGAACUCGAGUCUCAUUCUUAAUUCGAACGUGACAGAUUCCCUUCUUUCGGUCGACUCGAUAACGACGAGAACAAUGACGACGACGACGACGACUGUGACGGAAAAUAAAGGAGAAUGCGUCGUAGAUCCUUCGAUAGGCGGCUCCUCGAGCAUUCGCUCGUGUUCAUGAUGAUUUUCCCUUGUGGCUUGAUCCUAUAAAAGAGAGAAUGAGUGAACGUAAGUAUGAGAAUGAAUGACUGGAUCUGCUCAGAGAAAAAGAGAGAAAGAGAGAGGAAGAGAGAAUGAGAGAAAGAGAGAAAGAGAGAAAGAGAGAAGAAAAGAGUGCCUGGAAAACUCUCUUCUUCGUUGAGAAACUCCCAAUACUUUUCUUUUUUUCUCUUUUUUUUUUCUUUUUUAUUACGGAUGAUCACAAAAGACAUCGUGAAGAUACAAGACAUCGAGCUUAAGAAUCCCAAGGGUUCGUUCAUACGAGUUCCCAAGCACGUAUCAUCCGUAAACGAGAAUACACGUGCAAUGAACAGCACGAUAUCGCGAACGAUUUCGCCUAAUCUCUUGACGUAUGUCGUUUAGUAUUAGGUUUAGCCAAAUUCUGUGUCUUCGUUUCUAUCAUAUAAGAAAGACAAAAGAGAUGGGGGAGAGAAAAGAUGGGGGAGUAAAAAUAUCGCGGUUAAACGGUGUAUUAAUGGUAACUUCUUAUCUAAAAUGUCUAACGUGAUUUCAGCAAUAAUUUAUAGAAGAGUUUGAAUAUAAUGAGUUAAUUCGCUCGAUCAAUCGUUAGUAUUUCGUUAAUCGAAUACUAAUCAAGUUUCGUAUAUUUCAUCGGCAUUAAAUUAAUCGCUUAAACUUAUAUUCGUCUUGAAAGAAAUAUUUGAUAUAGAGUUAUCAAGAAUUUUAAUUAAAUAUAUUCAAUUUCGUUCGAAUACUGAUUUUCCCGCUUGUCAUAAAAAAGAAAUAAUGCUCGUUAAAUUCGAAGAGAUUUAAAAGAUUUUGUAUUACUUGUUUAUGUAUUACGGAGAAAAAAAAAAGAAAGAAAGAAAGAAUGAAUGAAAGAAAAAAAGGGAAAGCACGUGUUUGCACCUUCUAUGGUUCGAUUCAACGGAACAGAAAGAAAAGAAAGAAGGAAAGAAGAAAUCAAAGCUAAGAGAUUCGAUUUUGGAGUGAACGUGCUUCCAACAAAAAUCUUGUUCGAUAUGCCAUAUAGGUAAGAGAGAAAGAAAGGAGGAACAUCGAGUUCGAAGGUAUGUUAUUGUGAUCUAUCGGACACUUUCUUCCUUCGUACAAUGAAACAAGUAAGAGAGCAAAAAAAAAAGAAAAAAAAAAUACGAGGUACGGCGAGAAAAGCUGCCAUUUACGAGAUCGCGAUCGAGCGUUUUCACUUAUGGUCAAUAAUACACGAUCGAUCGAUCUAUUUCCUAUAUAAUUCUUACUAAUGCGAUCUACGUACAAUCCUAUUUGAACGUUGCCUCGCGUAUCUUCUGAUACAUACAUAUAUAUACCUAUCUAAAUACAUACAUACAUACGUACAUACAUGCAUUCGUCGAUGCGUAAAACAUUGCUGAAUUUGUAAUGGACUUGGAAGAAUUCGAAGUAGGAUCUUUUGGAACCACUUUGGAUCUUUGCAAAGAUUCAAUGUGUUCCGUAAAAAAGACAGAGACAGAGGGAAAGGGAGACAUAUUUCUAUCUCUCUUCCUCUUUCUUUUUCAUCUGCUUUUAAUUUUAUAUUCUGUUCUUUUCCUCUCUCUCUCUCUCUCUCUCUAUUUUUUACGUCUCUUUUUAAACGUCUUUAUUGCUGUUUGUUGUCCUAUAUCUGCGUUCUCUCUCUCUCUUUCUCUCUCUCUCUUUCUUUCUCUUUCUCUUUCUCUUUCUCUCUCACAUACACACUUUCUUUGUGUUUUAUUUUAUGUUUUUCACUUCGUGUAUAUUCCAUCUUGGAUCUUACAUUUUCUCGUUUUCUCGUUUCUCUGUUUUGUGUCCGCGUUUCUUUUUCUAUCUUAUCCUUCCCUAGGGAAAUAUCCGCUGAGCCAUCAGCACUGCCGAAACAAUGAGCUAUAUACACUCUCUUUGUCUUUCUCUUUCUUUGCUUACCUUCAAACGCUUUUGAGAGAAAGAAAUUUUCACGAUUGAACUUACUCGAACGUCCCUAUCGAAUUACAUGUUUUUUAACAACUUUUUGCAAAGCACAAAUAUGACCGUUCCUUUUCUGAGAACUCCGAGACGAAAGCUCGUAGGUUGAGGUACAUGACACAUAUUACGUACAGACGUGUACGUGUUUUUGUCGAAAAAUAAAAAAGUUCAUCCGAGAGACAGUUUGUGAGAAAGUUCGUUAAGUUUCGUUUCCAAACUAAACGACUGGUGGCCGCUGGAUUUUGUAAAAAUCUGGCAAGUCUAUAGGCAAAGAAAAAUAAAAGAGAAAAAACAAACGUAGAUCAGAUUCGAAAAAAGACGAAUUUUUCUGUUCAAAGAGAGAACAAAAAUUGAUCGUUUGCUCGACGUCAAACUCAACUUCAUGGAUAUUGGCUAGAAAUUUUCGUUGACUAUUAAAACUCACGUACGUUGAUAUUUAAAGAUGUAUAAACCCCUAUGCGGAAUCCUAUCUCUCUGUUUAUUCGUCUGAGUGUGUUUUUCCUGUUAGAUCAAAGGACUAAAAGAGCUUUGGAAAAUCGUUCCCGAAGAAUCUAUAAAAAAAAGAAAAAUAGGAAUGUUCGUGCUGGAAUUGACUAGAAAGCUAGUACUUCUGAUCUAAAAUGAGAGUAAAAAAAAAAAAAAGAGUUCAUGCAACCGUGAACACUUUUCUCUUUUUCCAAAUUCCCAAGCAAAUCGAUUGGAUAAUAUCGAUAUUUCUAUUAUCAUCCAAAGUUAUUUUAUUAUUAUACCGACAUUUGGUAAAAUUUACAUCUGUAAUUGCUAGCAAAGCCUUCGAAAAAUGAUAACAAUUAAUUAUAUGAGACAAGGAAAGAGAACGUAUUAUUAAUGAAUUAAUUAACUAUUUAAUUAAUUUAAAUUAAUUAAAAUAAAUUGAUUUAUAUUACUCGUACCAAGUACAAAUUUCAUUUAUUAGAUUUCGAUUAAAUAACAAUUUAUAAUUAAUUAGUAAAUUUUCAUCAUUCGAUAUCCCAACAAAUACUUUGAAAGAUGGUUGGAUAAAAAUAUAGUACGUACAUACUAUAAGAAAGAUCAAAUGAAUGUUAGAACGCAUUCAGUUCGGGUAAUACGUUUUUUCGUCCUUUCGUGUCCACCAGCAACGAUAGCAAACAGCAGCAGCAGCAGCAGCAGUAGCAGCCUUGCUACCGAUUUCCUUUUUAUUUUGUUGCGCUGCUUUACCCGGCUGGUGCUGCUGGCACCAGCAGCACCAUGCUCAACUCACGUUGCUGUAGAACAUCCAGGCAGCAUGAAACGAAUAAUUCUCUCGGUUGGCGUUCGAGCGGACGAAACGAAACGGAAAAUCGAGAGAAAAGAGUCGCGUUGCUGCUUCGCCUACGAAACGACCCAGUUUUCGAUUCGUCGUUAACCGGCACGCUUGCUCGUUCUGGCCUUGCUCGAGCUAGACCAAAUUAAACCUUCCAAAUGUGUCUCUCUUUCUCUCUUUCUCUUUCUCUCUCUAUAUAUAUAUAUACAUAUAUAUAUGUAUAUGUAUGUAUAUGUAUGUAUAUAUAGCUACAAUAUUUUCCAAGAGCAAGCUCACUGAUUUCCCCGUUUAACACGAAAAGUCGAACAUUUCUCUCUGCCGUUUGCCUUGAAUAUUCUUUUCUUUCUUUUUCUUUCUUCUUUUCUCUUCUUGUCACUUUUCCUCGAAUUUAGCGAAUUUAACCGAAACACUCUUCUCCUAUUUUCUUCCGCUUCUCUUUAUUCUUAUGACUAUCUCUUGGUUGAAAGUUUUCGAAAGAAAAAAAUUAGUUCCACUGUGUAAGUGAGUCAAACAUCGUUCUAGUGUUUUAAGAUCAAUGCGAAAUCAAAACAGAGUGACUAUGAAAUAAAGCCCUUCAUUGCUAUGUCUAUUUGAACAAUUAGCUAACUCGGAGUUUCAACAGAGAAUAUAGUAGACGUCCCAUUGGACAUCUACGAAUGGUUUUGUGUUUAUUAAAAUAUAGCCAAAUUUGCUUCUUCGGUCGAGUAAGUUUUAGUAAUUCAAACAACGUUCGAGGAUUGUUCAAAUCGUUUCGAAAAAAUGUUAUUAAUUUUUCUACCAUUAUCCAAUCGGCAUAUUGGUGAAGAAGAUUCUCUUAUCGUAUUGGUGAAAAAUUGAUAAUUAUUAAAUCUUUUAUUAUUCGUCAGUGCAACGGCUUGGAAUGUAUUUCACUCGAACGCUUAAAACUCUUCUAACCUUUGCAAACUCAUCAGAAAGUGAAAGUUGUCGUUCGAUCGAUCGAUCGAAAGUAGAUACUCCAUCGAGAAACAUUCAUCAUUCUUGUUGUUACAUUAUAUUUCAUAUCAUAAUCAUAAUCGAAUGCUGGGCGCAAGAAUGGCAAUAUGACGUGCGAUAACGGCACCCGAUGGUCAUUUGGGAUGGAAUAAUUUAUCGCCGUUAUCGAUUAAUCGUAGAGGCAAUUUGUCGCAUAUCAGUUUAAUUUGUAAGGGUACUAUAUCGCAUAGGUUUACGACUCUCCGAUGAUCUUUCAUUCUCUCCCUUUAUUUGUCUUCCUUCCCUAAUAAAACGACCCUAAAUUUUCCUCUAUUUAGCUUUAUCGAUUGGCUGAUCAUCGCAAUCAUUGAGAAAAGUCAUCGAAUCGUCGUUUAAUUGAUUAAUAUUGAAUUUAUUAAAUUAAGAAUUUAACUGAUGAUAAUUCUAACGAGUAAGAUUCGUGAUUUUUUUAUUGAUCGUCUUAUUAAUUUAGAAACAUAGCAUAUAAAUUAUCUUUCUAAUUUGGAUUUCAAAGAGAUAAGAAAAGAAAGAAGUAAUAUUCUUAUAAGAUGGCGAUGUGCCGUUAAUGUAUCGCUCGAAGCGAUGUUCCUAAAUGUUCGUACUAAUUUGAAAUUCGAAAGGGAAAAAAGGGACUCGUAGAAAUUUUUAAAUGUUCGCCCUUUCGAAAUGUAGCGCAUUUAGUGCCCUUACAUAUCGUAAUCAAGUCGAAUUACGUCUUUCCCUAUCUUCUUCGUUGUCGUUUUAUAAAGUGAAAAAUAACGAAGGACUAUAUCUUCUUCGCUAGAUCGACGAUUACACAUUUUUCAUGUCGAAUUUUAAUUAUUUAUAGUGGUAACGAACCUCUAUGGUUAUCAAUAAAUCAAAUACUAAUUAGUGUGCCAAAAUCGAUAAAUCAUUGCUACUAUUAAAUAGUCAUGUAUUUUCUUAAUCGUCGACCUCGAAUCAAAGAUUUAACGUUAUAAUAUCGUACGAGCUCGAUAGUCGGAUCUAUUGUCAAUACGAUAUAUAAACAAAGGAAUAUCUAUAGGUCGAUUAAACGACGAAGAUAGAGAUAACGUACGAUUUGAUAAUCCCGUAAUUUAAUUUUUAAAUAUGCUUCCUCGUGUGUCUGCAGGUAGACAAAUUUCGUGAUUAAUGAUUAAUUAUGAAUUAAAGUGCGUAAGUUAUAAGCCAUAAGCUAACAAUUAAUACGUAUCUAUUGUGAUUGAUUGACGUACUUAUGAAGAUCGAUUUUUUUCUUAGACCUUUUUAUUUUAUUUCUUUUCUUUUCUUUUCUUUUUUUGUCAUGAUCGUACUUAUCGCAUAUUCAUGAACUUCCUAGUGAUAAAAAGAACAAUUAGUUCGUAUAACACGAUCGCUAUUACCGUUAAUUUUCUUUGGAAUGUUAAUAGGUCUCUCGGGUAGAGACGGCCAAAAGAAAGAUACGUACGGCGCAUUUUAAAGUAUGGCAUACAGCAUUCGUUUAUACUUAAACAUUAGGUAGUCUCCGUUUAAAACGAAUUCGUACCGUGGGUGAUUCGCAUUAAUGCGAAGCGUUGCGAAAAAAAAAGUUUUGAAUUAACGGCUUAGAGCUUUUCCCAUUAUUUUUUCCUCGUUAAUUUCACGAUUGGACGAUAAUAGGAUGAAAUGAAAGUUUUCGCGGAAAAAAAGAAAAAAGAGAGAGAAAGAGUACUCGGUUAUGAUUUGACCAUUUUUCUCAAUACUUUUUUCGUUCCUAGGAAAAAAAAAAGAUAAAAAUAAUUAAAAACGAUUGUUAUGGAAGAGAAAGAUAGGAAUGAAAGGGGUGAAAUUCGAUUUGACUCAAAUAACGAAAUUUUUCAACUACUGUGUUAAUUUCCUCCUUCGUAUUCAACAUUUUCUGUAGCAAUUUUGUAUAUUUUAGAACAAACUAUCCCAAACUUCCUUCGAAACGUCAAAUAAUUAAACACAUAAAUGAAUUUUGUAGAAUCUCCAUUUUCUUCGUUCUCACGAUUUACGGAUAUGUCCGUUUGGUUUUAUUAAACGGAGACUAUCGUAAAAUACAUCGGAUCGCUAUUUCGUUAAUUUAACUUUAGCCUAUCCCUACUUCGCCAUACAUCUUCGACUUGAAACUUCUUUCCUCUUUUUACGCGUGUUCUUCCUGUCUCCAUUUCUUUAAAGAGGCACGCGAACGUAUAGCGAGCAUUAGUUAAGAGAGUACGCUUCCGUAUUUAAUAGAUAAUUUUUUACGUGUAACUGUCAUAUUUGUUGAAUAUUAUGUGAUAUGUAUUUAUAUAUAAAUAUAUACAUAUAGGUAUGCCUAUAAUAAUAUAAUAUCAUAGUUUAAAACGAUCGAAGAUAUCGGUGUAACAAAAUGCCGAUUCGGCCAUCGUCGACGAUAACGAUAAUAAUUUAAUGCUAACGACAAGCUACAUCUGAUUACACAACAAUGUGAUCAAAUGUUCAGCUUUUAACUUCUUUACGGACACAAGUUAUGCAUUGCGGAAUGCUCUAUCGAACGGAUUACUAGGACAAUUGAAAAGGCGUAUAUAAUGCGUGGUAAAAACUCGGAUAUAUAAUAUACAUAUACAUAUUAUUUCCAUUGGAUACAACGAUGAAUGGGAAAAAAGCAAGACAUAAUUUCGACAAACAAUUUACUAUUAUUUAGUUAAAAAUAUACUAUAUAGUAUACAAUACGACAAUUCCGUACUUAGACCAAACUAUAAAGAAAAUUUCUAUACAUCUAAUUUUAUUUUAAAGAUCAAAGUUAUAAAAAAUUUAUUACAAUUCUGGGACAAUACUCAUCUUUUUAUUUUUCUUUUUUAUUGUUUUGUUUUGUUUUAAACAGAACGCCCAGUUUUUUUUCUGGCACACGCAUUAUAUAUAUCCUCGCGUACACAUAUGAUAUAUAUGUGUAUGUAUAUAUAUAUAUACACACAUAUAUACACGUAUAUAUAUAUAUUAUAUAUAUACAUAUAUAUAUAUAUAUCAAACGCACAUGCAUAUAAUGUAUUAUAAAUGUACAUAAAAAAAUAACCAUAGACGAAUUUAUCGGAACGUCUCGUGCAUCGCAACGGGAAAAGAGAGGAAAAAAAAGAAAAGAAUUUUCAUACGACGGUGGAACGAAUUGAUAGCUACGCUCCCUUAGAAAUGAUCAAAGUGUUUCGUUGAAAAUGAAACUUCGAUGACUUUAUGGCUGCACAUUUGUACUGAUUUUGUGUCUUUGAUCGAAAAACAAUAAAGUGGUAUUUUAUUCGAAAUUUUCGAAAGCGGCGCAUCGAUGUUUAGAAAACUCAAACGAUAGAAUGAACGUCGAAUUGACGAUUGUGUAAUUACAUUUCGUACGAUAUUUAAGCAUAAGCUAACGUUUUCUAAAAAUACCUCAUUACCUUUUUUCAUAAUGAGAGAACGCGACUCGAGAUAAAGGUAAAGUGAAAAAAAGAAAGCAAAAAAGAAAAAAAAAAGAAAUGAAUAACCGAUGUUACGGCUAAACGUUUCUUCUUUAUGAUACUUCGACGCUGAUUUGACACUGCAAAGUCGACUGCUACAACGUUUUUUUUGUAAAAGCGUGAAUUAAUAAUCGUAGCAGGAUAGAAUAGGAAAAGAAAAAAAAUUAACAUUGAAAAAUCCGAAAUUUCUGUAAGAGAUUAUAAGGAUUGAUAAAACUAUUUUAUUGAAUUCGAAGAAUGUCAGUCAAUUAAAUGAAUCAGCGUGGAGGCAUGUCAGCUUUUGAAUAAAAAACUUAACAAAAAAAGAAAAAAACGAAAGGAAAAAAAGAAAAAAAAAUUAAUAAUAAUGGUACGGGCGUGUGGCUGUUAAGUGGUACAAUGAACGUUGAAUGUGUUUUAAUUCGUUCAGGUGUGACGUAUCUUCCAAAAUGUACAAUACUUGUGACGUCACGGCGGGACAGACGGAUUUCCAGAAAACUUCUUAAAUACUAUAGCUAGUUUUGAAAACAUGCGUUUAAUUCAAUGAAUUUUUCUUUUCUUUUUCUUUCAAUUUAUUAUUAAAAUUGUUCUCUUGAUCUGUUGAAAUUUACAAAAUGCAUCGUCGAACGAGAAAUCUCAUUUUUUCUUUCUUUGUUGUGGUUCUAUUCAAAUAUAGCAGAUGAUAUCUAUUUAAUAUCCCUUAUAUCAAUCGAUAUCGCGUUAAAUCAUUUAUGAGAAAUGAAAUCAAAAUCAAAAUCAAUAUCGAUGGUCUUCCGACAUUGUUCCUCCGUGUACGGUCCGCCAUAUUGUUAAUGUAUCUAUUGUAAAUCUUUGUAUGUAUUGUAAAAUGUAUCUUUGCUUGGAGAGGCGACAUAUCUUAAGUUAUAGUGUUCUUCAAAACAUGAAAGAAAUAAAGAAAGGACGUGCGAUCGUUCCUCACGACACGCUCGCGUUAAUGUUCUUCUAACGGUCAUGGUUUUUUUUUCUUUUCUUCUUCUAUUUCUUUUCUUUUUUUUUUCUUAUUGAAAAGCAGCGAGUUUUGAACAUCCCAUAAAGAUAGUCUAGUAUAGACAAAAAUUUUCAAAUAAAAAAGUAAAGAAGACCGGAAAGGGGGAUCGGGCGCGGGCAGGUCGCGAGGAUUUGCCACAUACAUUUAUGUACACAUAUACAUAAUAAUAUAUUGUAUAAGUAAUUGCAAUUAUUAUGGAAUCAUUAUAUGCGAUAUUGAAAUUUGUAUAUCAUGGAAGAAUUAAAAAAGGGAGAAUAUCCUGAAUACGAAAGUAAA